CCUAGGUUACUGUUAUGACUAAUCUCCCGGUCUAUCUUGCCCGGCCUGCCCUUUUUCUCUGUUUCAAACUGCCCAACCUGCCCGUUGUUGAACACUUUCCCUCUUUCUCAAGCACCCUCUCUCUCUCUCAAACCUCCUUUUGACUAAAAUUCACAACUUGUAUCACUGGUUUUCACUUGUGAUCCAUUUUUUCUUUCGUUUUGAUGGGUCCAAUGAUUUGAAGUGAGAUGCUUUGAAAUGGGUUCUCUUUGUUUUUAUUAGUUUUGAGCUUUUCAUUGAAUUUUUGUGGAGAUGGGUUUGGGUCCUGAUUCUGCAAAGGUAAAAAAUUUGGAAGAUAAAUCAAAGAGCAAGAAGAAGAAAGAUGAGGGAAGUAGAAAGAUGGAGGAGGAGGAGAUUGGGUGUUGGGCUAAAUUCAGACUGAUGGGAGGUUGCAUGCCUUCAAGAUCAAAAGUUGAUAGCUCUUUAAGCGGUAUUACAACUCAGUAUGUGGAAUCUAAAUCUACUGAUGAGAAGAGCAAAGACCAACCAGUUGUUCCUGUGAUGUCCUCUACAACUAGUAAUGGAGAAAGUGCUUCAUCCACUCCAAAAUUCAGUGAGGAACUGAAGCUUGCUUCUCAUCUCCGAAAGUUUACUUUCAAUGACCUUAAAUUAGCUACUAGAAAUUUCAGGCCUGAGAGUCUUCUGGGGGAGGGUGGUUUUGGUUGUGUCUUCAAAGGAUGGGUGGAGGAGAAUGGAACUGCCCCUGUGAAACCCGGCACAGGACUUACUGUUGCAGUGAAAACCCUCAAUCAUGAUGGACUUCAGGGUCAUAAGGAGUGGCUUGCUGAAGUUAAUUUUCUUGGCAACCUUCUCCAUCCCAAUUUGGUUAAAUUGAUUGGUUAUUGCAUUGAAGAUGAUCAGAGGUUGCUGGUGUAUGAGUUUAUGCCUAGAGGAAGUUUAGAGAACCACCUCUUCAGAAAAGGGUCCUUGCCUCUUCCUUGGUCGAUCAGAAUGAAAAUUGCACUGGGUGCUGCAAAGGGUCUUGCCUUCCUUCAUGAAGAGGCUGAAAGAUCAGUGAUAUAUCGUGAUUUUAAGACAUCUAAUAUUUUAUUAGAUGCUGAAUACAAUGCCAAACUCUCUGAUUUUGGACUUGCAAAAGAUGGUCCUGAGAGCGGCAAAACUCAUGUAUCUACUCGAGUAAUGGGAACAUAUGGCUAUGCUGCCCCAGAAUACGUGAUGACUGGACAUUUGAGCUCAAAGAGUGACGUCUACAGUUUUGGAGUUGUUUUGCUUGAAAUGCUGACAGGACGAAGAUCUAUGGACAAAAACCGUCCAAAUGGGGAGCACAACCUUGUCGAAUGGGCAAGGCCUCAUUUUGGAGAUAGGAGAAGAUUCUAUCGGUUAUUAGACCCUCGUCUGGAAGGACAUUUUUCAAUCAAAGGUGCUCAGAAAGCUAUACAACUGGCUGCUCAGUGUCUUAGCCGCGAUCCCAAAGCUAGACCCCGAAUGAGUGAAGUUGUUGAAACGCUAAAGCCUUUGCCUAACUUGAAGGAUAUGGCCAGCUCUUCCUAUUAUUUCCAAACUAUGCAAGCAGAUCGGAACAAGUCAAAUAUGCAAAACAAAAAUGGUACCAGAACACCGGCAGGAUUUGUAACAAGGAAUGGACAAACACUGAGGAGCUUAUCCAGUCUUAGCGACUCACGUGCUUCUCCAUAUAACCAGCCAUACCAGUCACCAAAACCUACUGUGAAAAAAUCAUAGCACUAUAGUUGCAUUUGUGUAUAUCUUCAACCGGCUCCUCCUUGUCGGUAGCUUUGUCAGUCACAUAAGUAAAAGAAAUAGCACGGCGGGUCAUUCCAUCAUUUUCUCGAUAUAUUUUCUUAUUCAUCUGGUAAUCUCAAUCCGUCAAAUGAUGGAAGAAGACUCCUCAACUUACACAAUGCCAUUGUGGUAUGUAAUCACUGAAUCAACGAGACCCAUAUGCUUUACUUCCUGCUUGAUUUCUUUGUUAUGAAUUGUCUGUUGAGAUAUUGAAGUCUUAUUGGAGAUUGACAAGACACUGGGAAAUAUGAAGUUAAUCGUAUGUGUUGAAAUUUGGGAGGUGAAGGUGUAAGCAGCCACUGGUAAGCUUUGAGGCACAGUAGGUGGAUGUGAAGGGAAUUUUUAUUUGGUUUUAGAAGUCAUCAUCCAAAGAUGCAGCUUUACAUUAACCUCUCUUAUUCUUCUUUUUCUGGCUUUUUAAGCUCAUUGUUGUUUCUAUGCAAAUGGGUCUUUCUACUCUGGCAUUGAUGUAAAUAUAGGUAUGUGGGUCUCUUUACCUUGUAUCUCCUUAUGAGAUUUUAGAGUACUUUGAAAAGGAAAGCACAGGAUGAUGUAUAUUUUUCCUCCUUCAAUUGACAGCAAGUGUUGCCUCAUUAAUUUAACUGCUGUUCAACUGUA